AUGGAGAAAGAAAUUGAUUCUAUAAAAUUUACCAUUAGAGAUGUUAAGGAAGACAGAUUCUUCACUAUUUCAGGAUUGAACAAGGACUUUCUGAUUGGCCUGAAUACAGAGGGAAACAUCUGCAGUGAGGAUGUGUGUGGUGAAGGAACAGGUGAGGUUUGUGUUCCUCUUGUGAGACUGAGUAUCAGUAACACAGGGGGACUCACCAUGGCACCGGGCAACAAGGAUCUUCCCUGUUUAAUCCAGGGUGAGGCCCUGCAGUCAGAAGUCAAUGUUAUCAGUGGUAUGAUGGCAGAAAUGGCAGACAAAACAGUGGAGAUUUCUGCAGGAGAAUUUAAAAAGCAAAGACGAAAGUUACCUAAAACUCCUGGUACGGUCAUGGUAUCAAAACCACCUCCAAAACCAAAGCGUGCUGUACAAGGGCUGUCAAUUACAGAACCUGUAAGUAAAGAAGUGAAAGAAAAGGACCAUUAUCUACAGGGCAGCUGGGAACAAAUCCAACGACCUGAUGUCAACUCAGAAAUCCUUGCCAAUCUCAAUAGUCCAAUAGAGUUGGGCAUUAUGGCAGCAAGUUUCCUUACCAAGCAGAUACAACAGUAUACAGAUGUGAGGCUAAGCAUGGAAACCACAGAUGCCAUCUUCAAGUUUUUACAGGAGAUAGCAAAUUACCAGAAAGGAUUGUUGGUGGCAUAUUUAACGGAGACAUCAGAAAAACUAGAAGAGAUGCCAGAAUCGGAGAGAGACCGGCCCAUGCACAGACCUGCUGUCAAGCUUCUAGUGGAACUAUUGAGGCAGAUUUUGGACCCUUUGAGCCAUGUGGUGCUGUGUGUGAAGUUGCUAAGGACAUUCAGCCAUUUUCCUAGCAAUUUGACCACUAUGAUCCAAUGUCAGGCUUCUGCAGCCAUUUUAGGCACCAUGGCAGUGUAUCUGAAGGACAGACAAGUGCAGGAGUAUGGCUUAGACAUUCUAGCCCAUGUCGCCACUUAUAGGCCUAACAUACGCCACAAGCUACCCCUGAGAGAGACGGGACUUGAGAUGAUCCUGCGAGCCAUGGAUUUCCACCAGACUGACCCAGAUAUCACACAGUCAGGCUGUCGUACUCUGGCCAAUCUCACAUCCACAAUCCAGGAGAUGCUUGACAAUCUUCUGGACUUAGAUUCUACACCGGAUAUAAAUGAGGCUGUUGAUAAAUAUGAAAAUCUCCUGUGUCACCUGUUUGAUCAUGCCAUGAAGGUCAUACAAAGGUCACUUCAAAAUUUCCCAGAAAACCUUACAAUUAAAACAGACGGACGCAGAUUUCUCUUCAAUUACUCAAAAAUGACCCAGAUCACGCUGAAGAAAAAGGUUUGGAUUCAGCACCGUGAUGUGUCCCCUGAGGCGGAAUCGGAUGGAGAUGGGACAGAGGACAUAGCUUCACCUGUUAGUGUACAGGAUCUCACCACACCUACAACCUUCCUCAAGGUCAAAACAAAUGAUAACAACACAAAGGGCAUUCUCAAACACAUUGGUGAAGGCAUUGAUAUAACAGGUCCUGAGAAGAAAGUUCAUUUUCCUGAUGAAGAUUCUGAGGAUUCUGCAGCUACCGAAUCAUCUACAGAUGAGAACGAAGAUUCUGACGAUGAAUGUGCUAUUGGAGGAGAAGCUGUUAGACGAAAACUACGAAAUAAAAGUAGUCGAGUGGAUGUGUGUUAUGGGGAUGAACCUAUCCUUGUUAUACAGAAGACAGAGUUAUUGAGUCCAGACUAUUUCUCUACAGAUAAUGGUAAAGACACUGAUAUCAUCUUAAGUAAUGGAGAAAAUGAUAUAACAGAUGAUGAUGACGUUUUUGAGACUUGUGAUAAACCAGAAAUUGGUAAUGAUGGACAUCAAAAUGUUGAAGAUUUAACAGGGAAGCAUGACAGUUGUGGUCUUGUGACAAUGGCAGACAAUACUACAGAUGUACUGCCAGAUGAGGACACCAAGGGAGACCCUGACAGUCCCGAAUGUCCCAAACAUGCCGAAGCUCUUAACAGUGGUGAUGGGGAUGUCCCAGAAAUACCAUUGGAAGCAGCUUGUCCUUCUCCCUCCCAUCAUGUUAAUGUGCAGUCCUACAGUGUGGCGGAUGUCCCAUUCCUCAUCAAAGUUAUGUACUUGAAUAUUGUGAACUACCUGAGUGGCCUGGUGUUGGGAGAGAAUGAUUCCUUUGCCUUGGAUGUCCUGGACCACCCUCUGAGAUUCCUUACAGAAAAAAGUGGUGCCCAACCAGGCAUUGUCAACUUUGUCACAAAACAAUAUGAGAAAAGCAACACCCUGAUGGAUGUGGAUCCUACAUUUCUAAUUAGCCUCAUAGACGCUGUCCGAUACAAGUCUCUGUUGUUUGAUCUGUAUAAGAAGAGUAUGCUUGAGGUGUGUCAUGAUUUAACAGAGGACCAGUCACCUGUGGCCACAUCCUUGGCCUUAGCUACACUUGUCAUGGUCGUCAAGGACACAAAUACCUUCACUACGGUUACAGAUCAAGCUUUCAAUGGUCAGAUGGUUAAGAUUUUUACUACAGUGGAGUCCAAACUACAAGGUUAUCCAGAUAUUGCAGAACUACGGUCAAUUCUUUGCAAUGGUUAAAAUGUUUUAACAAAUCUGUUACUACAUCUUGUGUUGUGAUUCCUUUACGCAGUCCAUCGAAGUAUCCCAUAGAGAUUUAUAUUUGUGAUAAGUCAGACUUCCAUGUCUGAAUAAUGCCUUACUCAUUCUGCACUCCACCUGUGUUUCAUUGUUUCCCUUCGUGAAUUAGUAUUGCCCCUAGAUCUUAGAUGGAUCUCAUUUUUUCAGUUCCACAUGAACAUACAUAUUGGAAUAAUUUCCCGGAUGGAUUUUUCUGAAAACUUUUCCUUUA